AUGCCAGCAGGUCGGCCGUCGACUACGGCAGCUCCUUCAGUGCCCGUGGCUCCACCACCGAAGUCGUCGGCUACAACUGCAGAACCAGUUCCGUCGCCGAAGACCAGUGCAGUUCCCGAACCUGUGGCUCCACCGAAGUCGUCGUAUACAGCUCCUGCAGAACCAGUUCCGUUGCCGAAGAGCAAUGCAGUUCCCGAACCAGGACAGCCGGUCGUGGCUCCACCGAAGUCUACAGCUCCCGCAGAACCAGUUCUGGUGCCGAAGAGCAGUGCAGUUCCCGAACCAGGACAAGUGGCCGUGGCUCCACCGCCGAAGUCUUUGACUACAGCUCCCACAGAACCAGUUCUGGUGCCGAAGAGCAGUGCAGUUCCCGAACCAGGACAAGUGGCCGUGGCUCCACCACCGAAGUCUUUGACUACAACUCCCACAGAACCAGUUCUGGUGCCGAAGAGCAGUGCAGUUCCCGAACCAGGACAAGUGGCCGUGGCUCCACCACCGAAGUCUUUGACUACAGCUCCCACAGAACCAGUCCUGGUGCCGAAGAGCAGUGCAGUUCCCGAACCAGGACAAGUGGCCGUGGCUCCACCACCCAAAACUUUGACUACAGCUCCCACAGAACCAGUUCCGCCGCCGAAGAGCAGUGCAGUUCCCGGACAGCCGGUCGUGGCUCCACCGUCGAAGUCGUCUACAGUUCCCGCAGAACCAGUUCCACCACCGAAGAGCAGUGCAGUUCCCGGACCAGGGCAGCCGGUCGUGGCUCCACCACCGAAGUCGUCGACAGCUCCCGCAGAACCAGUUCCACCGCAGCAGAGCAGUGCAGUUCCCGAACCAGGACAGCUGGCGACCCCGACUCCACCGCCGAAGUCGUCUCUUCCGAAGACCCGACCGCUUGGUUUGCCCAGUGCAGCCGUGCUGGCUUCCUCUGUGAUCGUGCAACAGUCCCAUGAGCUGCUGUUUUGGAUGGCGAAAGUUCUCUACAGUGGCAAGGAUGAGGACUGGUUCGACAACAAGGACAUGGCGGCGCCCAGAUGUCAGGAACACAUCCUUUACGAAGCAUGGGAACGUAUGGUGCAGGGACCUGAUGGCAACUUUGUCUUUGGUGAAGACUGUCUGGCAGAUGACAUGGAGAGUUUCUGUCAAUUUGUAUCAGAGACUGUGCCGGGGCUUCCCAGAUGGGAAACACUCACAGGCAAGAUGCUUGCCGACGUCGCCGACACCCAGCUCGAGAAUUCCAAGGAGGAUGCUGAGCCUGAGCGGCCUGCGUCGCCUGAGCGGCCUGCGUCGCCGCCGCUUAAGAAGCAGCGCCCGGUUCGGGCGGACACCGACCUCAGCCUCACUGCAAAGUCUGGAUCCAGCGGCGAUUUCUCGCCGCUUUUUCAGGACCGAAAACAUAUUGCCGAACCCCGGCCGCCCCCGAUCGUUCGCAAAACGGCCGCGGUGUUUGCCGAGCAGAAGGACCAGGUGGAUGGCUUGGCAAAGACACCCGAGAAGGACCAGAUGGACGGCUUGGCAGAGACACCCCCUGCUGAUGCGCCAGAGGCACUGCCUCAGCUACCACCAGAGAAGAUGGCGAAAUACGACAGCUGGUGGAAGCAGUGGGGGAGAAGCUCAUCGCGGGACAGCGAUGCCACGAUGGCCAGCUCUGCGACCGAGAGUCUCGAUGGAGCCGAUGUCAUGCAUACGGUGCAGCAGAUGGCUCCCGGACCUUUGAAAUCGGCUUUGAUGGAAGUCUUGAUGCAGAAAGAGCCUGUGCCAGCAGAGGUGCAGCCCCGCCCGGAGCCCGUGCAAUCGGUUCAAGCACCUGGUGUGCCGAUUCAAGCACCUGCUGCGCCGGCGCAAGCACCAGCUGCACCGAAGUGGCCAGUGUCGCCGGAUGCAGAGCCAGUGUCGAACAGGAGUGGAGGCGACGACAGGCUCGAAGCAUUCCAAAAAUGGGUGCUCAGCGGGGGCAACGGCAAGGCCGUUGAAGCGACGAUAAGAAUGCAGCGGAGCUGCGAAGAGGCCCACAACGACGGGGGACGCUACAAGCCGUGGGCUUCGAUCGUCGAACACUUCAAGGGCGACACCGACGAAGCUUUGGUGUUCGCCCAGAAGAGGAGGCAGGAGGAACGUGGAACCUCGACAUGCCGAAACACUGGUGUCGAGACGUUCUUGCUGUUCGACGAGGAGUCCAUCAACUGGACAACCAAAAAGCUCGACCAGAUCACGGUUGAAGUGGGAGCCGACCUCGAGAUUGCGACCCGAUUGGCAAAGAUGAUGGAGAAACAACCGCACCUCUUCAAGAAGCAGGAUGGCAAGCCACGUGAUGGCCCGGAUCCGGUCACCAACGAUGCAACGGACAGUCCAUCGGAUGCCAAGACCAAGCCGACAACCAAAGCAAAGGGGAAGGCAAAAGCCAAGCCCAAAGCGAAGGUUGACAAGCAGAUCCACACGGAGCUGCCGACGAUGGACCUGGCCGGCUUGGCUGUCUUCAAGGAGUCCUGGACCAAAGCGGUAUCCGAUGCUCAAGGGCAUGCUACGACCAUGGUAUGCGAGCUGGAAAACUUCGAGUCGCAGGAGAAGCUGUGCGAACUCAUUAACCAGGCGAAGGAGGGGCUCUCCAUGGCGAGGAAGGAUAUGAUGGCCGUUGAUGUGUCGAGCGAGAACUGUCGCUCGUUGAUGGAUCAGAUUCUUAUGGCCGCAAAGCCGUACGUGCAAGCCUACCUGAAGCACACGCGGAUCGGUGCCGCGAAACGCGAGAACGAGAAGAAGAAUAAGAAGGCUAAGGACGCUAAGGACGCACCGGCUGCAGGUGAGGACGGUGAUCAGUUGCCAAAGCAGUGA